UAAUGAUUCCUAAUAUUUUAAUUUACAUAAGAAUUAGAAUUGACCCUCGUCACUAUAAGUAUUUGUCAAAUUGUGUUUCUCAACCUCCUCUGGUCACACUCACCAGCUGUUUACACAAUAAUUUCAUCUACAGCCAGAAGAAGUUCGUGCCUACGCCGCCCGAGAAGGGUUCCUUUCCCCUGGACCACGAAGGCCUCUGUAAGAAGCAAUUCCUGCUCUACGCCAGUUGUCUCCGCAAGAACGCCCAGGAUACGAGCCAGUGCCGCCAGGACGCGCAGAAUUAUCUGGCCUGCCGCAUGGACAACAAUCUUAUGGAGAAAACCGAAUGGUCCAAGUUGGGUUUUCACGACCAGAGCACCAAGACCGAUCAAAAAGCACCGGAGGUCCAGGAGCAAUAG